GUUUUCAAUGUUAUUUCCAAAUUUCAACCUUGAUCAUCACUUCUUCUACUAGUCUUGGUUGUCAAAAAACAGAGUCGGUUGACUUGCUUGAUCUUCAUGAACAACAAACUAAUUCAAGGCAAGUAGAAGUAAAAUGGCAAUGUCACUGGAGGACCUUCUGGCUGAGGAAGGUUUUAAGAGGAGAAAGGACAAAAUGAAGGGCAGAGCUUCCUUUGCUUCGGAGCGAGGAAGUGGUCCCCGGUACAUGGAACAGGAAAGGCGUGUAUCCGGUUCUUCUCUGCUGGCUGUGAGAAGAACUGAGAGGACGAGAUCUGAUAUACCUCGUACCGAUUCCCACGCAGAAUUUUCAACAAGUGGCAGCUUCUCAGUGAGGAAGCCAAGGGACAAUCUUAUCAGGAAAGGGAAAACAGGAAGUGAACCUGAUAAAGCUAUUGCUUCGUAUGAGAAUCUGCGUGGUUCGGAGAUAACUGAGGUGGUUCAGGAGGGAAUGGAGAGGCUUCAUAAAGAUAUUCACUCGACUAAAGUUCAUGGCCGCGUCUUACAUGAAGGGAAUCAUUCAGCUCCAUUGGAUGAUAUAAUGAUGGAAAAUCAGAAAGAUAGGAACAACUCCUUUAAACCUACUUAUCCUCAUGCUGAAGGAAGAUCAAGCAAAGUUGUUGAAAGUGGAAGCAAGUUCGACGAAAGUAGAAGCAUGAGACAAAACAAGGUUGACGAGGCUCAAGCUGCCCCGGCUCUCGAUGAAGCUGCUGUUAAAGCAAUCAUUUCCAUCAUCAGUGGGCACGUGAAGCAGUUUCUUGAUGAUGAGGAUUUCAGGACAUCCCUUCGUCAUAAUACUUUCGCUUCCCUAAAUUUGAUUGGAGCCGACGAAAGCCUGAGCACUGAAAGCAAAGUCGUGGGAAAUCUCGAAGAGGCUAUCGAGACCAUUGAAAGAACUGCAGAGGAGGAGAGUGCAAACUUGAAGGAAUUGAAAAGGGCCUCACUGCAGCUUAGUGUAAUCACGGGACUAAAUUCGAGUGAUCUGAAGGAUGGAUUCACGUAUGGAGUUCCGAAUCUAAGGUUCUCGGCUUGUGCACAUCUUUAUCUCAGUGUAAUAUAUGUGCUGCAGAAGAAAGACAAGGUUGCAGCAAAACAUCUUCUUCAAGUAUUCUGCGACUCGCCAUUCCAGGCGAGGACGAUGCUGCUGCCUGACUUGUGGGAGCAUCUAUUUCUACCUCAUCUCUUGCAUUUGAAGGCGUGGUACGAUAAGGAAACCCACUCGGUGGUAGAAUCCCCCAGUUUGAUGAACCUGAAGCUGCUCGACAAAGCUUAUAACGAAAGUCUGGAUUCAGGAACGUGUCGAUUUGCAAUGUACUAUAAAGAUUGGAUGAUAAAUGGGGAGAAAGAACCUUCAGUCCCCGUCAUUGGAAUUCCUUCUUUCUCUAUUCACUCGAUGCUAAGGGGAGGCUUGCUAGGCCAUACAAGUGGUCCUGCUAGUCACGUCUCGCCUCAGCCAAUGGUCAGUAAAGAACUGUAUGAUGAAGUGUUUAAGCAUGCAGAUAAGGCGGGAGUUGAAUCAGAUUUCGACGAAGAAGAAAAGUUUGACAGAAGCUCCAAUGGUCCAGCUCCAGAAGACAAACAACUAAUCUUGUGCACUCAUGACUCAAUUGUACGAGCAGAUAAAGAAGUCGACCCUGUUCGGGAAUCUUCCCCCGAAAACGAACGAGUGAUCAUGCAGAUAAAAGAACCGGAUCCUCCAAUACAAGAAUUGCAGGAAAACGAUGAAUCCUGCAACGAAAAACAUGUUCGGUGCAGCAUCCCUAAGGAUUUCGUAUGCCCCUUGACAGGGCUUCUUUUUAGAAAUCCAGUGACUCUCGAGACUGGUGAAACUUUCGAGCAAGAAGCUAUAGCAGGGUGGUUUAGUACUCAAGGGUGCUUCAUGUGUCCGGUUACCAGAAAAACUUUACAAUAUCAGGCUGUGCCACCGACGAAUCUCAUUCUGAAGCGUAUUAUCGAUAAAUGGAAGACAGAUUAUAUCAAACAUAUCUUGGCUCUACUCUCACAAGUAACACCAGGUGAAGGUGGAGGUGUUGAAGUAAAUGAUAGUACUAACAAGAUUAUUUCCAUCUUAGGGCAACUUUUCCCGGUUUUCAGCGAGGAGCAGAGGAUAAUACAUGCUAGACGAGUUUUAUCGUUGGGUGGCCUGCGGUUGCUCUUAUCAAGAUUUCAGUCUUCCAGUGCCGAGGAGAAAACAUUUAUCGUAGAACUGCUGUGCUGUUGCGUUGACGCUGAUGCGGGCUGUAGGAAUAGGAUUGCUCGAGACAUAAAUCUGUCGAACUUGCUAGAAAUGCUUCACAGUGAACAGCUAGCAUCUAGAAAAAAUGCAGUGUCACUUCUGGCUGAACUAGUUUGUUUUAACAGAAGGAGCAGAGCGAAAUGCUUUUUGGAACGCCUCGGUGAUGAGGAGUUACGAAAUGCAUCAGGCUAUUUGAACAUGUAUCUUCAGACUUGCCCUCUGGAAGAGACACCGUUAGUCGCUGUUCUGCUUCUGCAUAUUGAUCUUUUGUCAGGAAGAUGUGCCAGCAACACGUAUAGACAGAAGGCGGUUGAUGCCCUCACCACGGCCCUGAUAAGCAGCUUAACCGACAAUGAAAAAGUCCAAAACAAGUGUUGCAGGGCUCUCCUUAUCCUCGGAGGCUUCUUCUCCUCGUCUGGGAAACUUAUGACGGAGGAUUGGAUUCUUAAACUAGCCGGUCUUCCCAAUGGUCCAGAUUCGGAUGUUGCUGACGAUUGUGCAACAGUUACAACGGCUUUUGCGUCCGAAUAUGAGGAAGAGGAAGCUGCGAGGGAGAGAUGGCUAAUGAGUUUGUCAGCUUCACUGCUCGGGGAUGGGAAGAAGUCAUUCGUGGAUGCUGUUUCCAAGUGCCUGAGGCUAGGGAAGCCAGACUUGGUGAGGGUGUGUCUGACGACAGUGGCUUGGUUGAGCUUCUCGCUCGCCUCACUGCAUGACACGAGACAUCAACUUUACGCCUUCUCUGCUCUAAUAUCGCCACUCAAGCAGUACCUCGAGUAUGGGGUGCUGGUGGAGCAAAGGGCUCUCGCUGCGCUUUCUCUGCUCAACUUCAGUACAAUUCCAGAAUGCCGGAUAUUGCUGAUGAAAAUUGGCGAGGAGAUCGGUCCUUCGUUGGAUGAGCUAGCAGAGGUAACGUGGACAGCUACGGAGCUGUAUACAAUCAUAUAUGGCCAAAGGAGGUAGAAGCUAUCC